CAAGAAACAAACCUCAGAAAGCUGCAUUGGUGCUACAUGGGCACAAGGUACUAGUACGGUAGCUUCUACAUGUAAAAGAAGUGGUUCACUGUUGGUGUUGUUGUUUGGAAGGCACAUUGCAGUCAGUACGGUUGUGUUAUCAGUGUGGAUAGGAAGAGUUAGUUUGGUGUUGGUUGCUUCCUAGCUACUGUAGCAGCUACGGUACAAGCACCUCUCCGCAGCUGUGCUGGAUACCCCUUGUUCUGGAAUUUGUGAGGGGUAUAAGGGUAUACUACAACUAGUAUUAUCUAAGGAGCUAAGGAGGUUCAAACCACAAGACGAUGAGUACCUUACGGGUAUCUCUACUGAGUGUGGUACUGCUCGUGUGUUCCAGUUGGUCUGUUCAGUCUUCCUCUUUUUCUGACAACCAUUAUCAAGCUUAUCAAGCUCCAAGACUCCGGCUGAGCCAAAGCGAGAAACUCAAGAGACGCCGUUUGUUCGACCGAUAUCUCCAUUUGAAAGCCCAACGGAUUCCUGCUGCCUUUGCCACGGACUUGCAACAAGGAGGAAUUCUGUACCACUCGUCUCUGGAUGUCAAUGUGACUUCUGCUACUGGUAAUAGUGCUAGCUAUGAGAAAGCACCUGCUAGCGGGUUGGUGGAAGACGGGAAAGCGUGUCACGUGCAGUGCAGCUUGGGGUACAAAUUGACCCGUCUGAGGGGAUUGGAAUCUGCAACGCCGUCCCCACAAGUUGCGCAGUCUGCAACCCAAGCUACUACCAACUCUACACGAGAGCCAGGCAUUACUAUUCAAGUACAACCGGUGCAGCAGGAGCAAAGAUCAGGAGGUCUGCUAGCUACUACUACUGCUGGUAAUAACCUGUGGAAGAUUCAGCUGGUACUGCAUUCCUUUCAAGCUGACAUGACGGCACAACUAAACGGCAAGGUUUGCAACCAAAGGCGGGCUCGAGCUGAUGUGGACUUUACUAGCUACGGCAGUGUCACGGUGGAAAAUGCGGUUGUCACAGCCACACUGUCACUACAAGGAGGGCCCAACCUGCAUCAGCCCCAUAUUAUUGACCUGGUCGAUUUUGACGAUCACCAUUGGACGGUGGACAAGAGCAAUCCAACCUUUCAAAAACUACUCCACAAAAUACCACAGCAUCUAGUGGAACAGUCCGUACAAGACUUUAUUCACUACAUAUUCACCGAACGCUUGCAAGCAGUCAUGGAACAGCAGCUCACUGCUACAGCAACUGCAACUCCAGUAGAUCCUGCUUCUCCGACUACUAGUAGUGAUGAUCUUUUGCUACCAGUAUUGGAGGCACAACGACAACCGCUGCAGUUAUUACAGUAGCAGAUCUCGAAUCCACACCAAAAUCUAUCUAUCUACCUCGAUCGAUCGAUCGAUCAUGAAGGCCAGGCCAACUGUACCGGUAUGUACAAAAGCAACACAAUGCAGAACAUGGAAGCAAGAUUAAGAAUCAUAGGGGGAAAUAUUCCAAAAAUGACGUCGAAUGGAAGCACAAGGAGCCAAAUGGCUGAAGUGUUGUUUUGGGAUAUUCGAGUAUUCGGUUCGUUGGUUGCGGGGCUUGGCAUGGCGUGGAUUGCUGAAGGAAAGGAUAGAAUAUGAAGACGAUGGUACCAACCAAAGCUUGCAGUGCAGUUGGCAGGCUCUUACCACUCCGACAAACCAAAACAAACUAUCACUACUAGCUAGCUAGUAGUUGUACGUGUAUCAUUUGCCUUGUCUCUCUCUUUCCAGAGAAACGAAAUAAUCCGUUCCUAACAUGGCCUCCUUUCUUCUACAGUACAGCC